CGGAGUGCGGAGACCAUUCAGCACCAGUCCUCGUCCUCCUCCUGACGCAGACUCUCUCAGCAGCUCUCUGUCUCUGACUCUCUUCAGGGAAACACGGACUUUUUAUACCGGGGCUAAAUUUAGGGGGCUGGUCGGUGCACAGCUUCCCCCCCAUCCUGGACGCGCUUCCUUCCCCCAGCCUCGCAUUGGUCCGAAUUGUGCAGCGAACAAUAUUUAUAAGAAAAAGUCCAGCUCGUUCCAGUCACAGCUGCACAUGAGUGAGGAGCAGCAGCGGCUCAGCGGACGGCACAAGAACAGACGCGUUCCUUAAGGGUUUUUUCAGAAGGCUCGGGGGAUUCUAGUGAUUUCACCGAGCGCCUUCUGUCAGUAUUUAGGGACAUUUUAUUUUUUAUUUUUAAUUUUCUAACGCAUGGAAAUGGCUUUGAGUGGAACCAUUUUACCUUCAAUUUCUACAUUUGCCAACCAGAAGGAGAAAUGUUGGGAAGAUAGGUGGAAGGGUGACAUGAGCGGCGUAACGCACGACAUGGACAGCAACUGUCUGGGCAGAAAAGACGAAGAGGACCUGGAUAAGUUCUUGGAUUUUGACUUUAUUCUUGCAAACACCGCCGCUUCUGACAGCGCUCCAGCCGGAGCAGGAACAGAGUCCUACCGGCUCCAGGAGUCCGCGGCGCCCGUCUACCAGCAGCCGCAGCAGGCGCACACCGGGAUGCCCCAUCCCUCGGCCUCCUACACCUCUGUCCCCGACAUCAACAGCCCACCGCCGCCCUACAACAGCCUGAUGGCGGAGCUCCUUCGCUCAGACGUGGAUACCAGCUUUCUCCCCGGGAACAUCCAGGGCAGAUUCCUGAUCAGCACCUCACCUUUCCAGCCCACUCAGGAUGUAUUCCCCGAACACCCGAACAUCAAAGUGGAGCCCGGUUCCAUGGACAGUUACGGACCUGUGAUGGGUCUGGUUCCUCAGAGCUGCACCAAAAUAAAGCACGAAGGGAACGUUGCGUGCAUGAUGUCGUACGACCAGCAGCCACGUCUCGCUAACUCCCCGCAGGCCGCCGUGGGCAGCAUGACGCCGCCUCUCAGCCCCGACGACCUGAUGAGCUCCGAGUGCCACCAGCCUCAGAUGUGCCCACCCACGUCGCUGACGUUCCCGCAGAGCUUCCACCCGCACCACCGCAGCGCCCCGGGAGGGUUCCCCCACCAGCACCCCGGGAUGCAGCUGUCUUUCCCCGGGGCGCAGCAUCAUCACCAGUUCACGGGCAUGUUCGGAGAUGACGCGGCCAUGAGCCUGCAGCAGCAGCAGCAGCAGCAGCCGGCGGCAGGACAGAGGGUCCUACUCACCCCUCCAUCCUCUCCUCUGGAAAUGAUGGACACCAAGCCAAAGAGGGGUCGCAGGUCCUGGCCCAGGAAACGGACCGCGACGCACACCUGCACUUUCAGCGGCUGUGGGAAGACCUAUACCAAAAGUUCCCACUUGAAGGCGCACCUCAGGACCCACACAGGAGAGAAACCUUACCACUGCAGCUGGGAGGGAUGCGGCUGGAAGUUCGCGCGUUCAGAUGAGCUCACACGUCACUUCCGGAAGCACACUGGCCAUCGACCCUUCCAGUGUCACCUCUGCGAAAGGGCCUUCAGCCGAUCUGACCACUUGGCUUUACACAUGAAAAGGCACAUGUGAGGGAAAACCCUCUAUUAAGGACAAAAAGGGAGAAGACAUGGACUUCUAUGCACAGCAUUAGCCCAGAAAGAACUAUAACCAUCCUAUGAUCAACUAUAGAGGGAGGCUAUGCAAUUAAAGUAUUAUAGAGUAUUAUUAUAGUGGUACCACUGCAGGAACAACUGCCAUACAGUAUGACAAGGCCACUAUUGACUACACUGUAAUACCUAUAGGUAUAUUAUAGGAAUGUUAUAGUGAUUUUUCAUUGGGGCAACAGAGCAUCAAGAUGAGAUGCUCUAAAAUGAUGUUUUGUGAGAAAUUUCUAUUUAAAUGUUAUUUUUGAAUGAAAGAAAUGCUAAACAUUACCACAAAACAAACACAGCCAAACCCGACAGAAGCACAUGAAUUCUGUUCAGACCAAAGCAUUUUUUAUGUAGCUGGUACUACUUUUUGUAUGGAAUGCUGUUUAUAUAGACAAACGUAGUAAAGGAACAUUCCACUCAACAUGUCAGGCACAUGCCACUGAAGCAACUGGAAGACAAUCAUUUGAAGAGCAAAGGUUUUGUUUUUGUAUUUUCACCAUUAGUGCCUUUUAUAACACAUAAAGCCACAUUUUACGAGUGCCAUAUCCUCCACUGGCUAAAGACAGUCAAAGUUUUAUUCUGUGUUAUAUUGUUAAGUGUAAACAGCACGUGAAAUAAGCUUAGAGACAAUGUUUUCUUCCAAAACUGCCUUUCCUUCUGUUCUCCUUAAAGGCUUGAAUUGAAUGUCUGUGAGUCUAAAAGCAUUUUGAAGUCAGGGUCUUAACAGUAGGAAGUCUUACAGAAGUGCAUGCCAUCUCAACGCCAUGUGAUUGACAAAGGGCUACACAGUCUUUGGCAAUAAUUGUUUGUGUCUUGAAGAAAUGUACUGCAUUGUAAAUAUAAUCUUUUUUAUAUAAUGUAAAUAGUUUAUUUUAAUGUACAUAUUAAACUAAAUGAACAACAUGAA